AGUAAUAAGUGUUGGGGCUUUAAGUGGCGAUUAUUGGGGCAUGGUUUAUUUGGGGUUAUUUUCCUUCUCAAUGAAGGGGAAACAAAAGAGGAAGAGAGGCGAAAAGAAACAAGUUGUGAAGCAGAGAGUGCGAGGAGGAGAGAAGGUCGUGGUGAGAAGUUCCGACGAACACAGCCGCAGGAUCGAAAUGAAGAAGACGACGCGAUUCCUGAGAAGAGGAGGGAGGCGGGCGAUCCGUGCACGCGCGAGGAGUCCCAGGAAUGCAGUACCGACGACAAAUCUCGACGGUGACCUCGACGUUCGCGUUGUUCCCGGCGUCGACAAGGCGAUUAAUGGAGCAGGGGAGACGGAGAGGAUGCAGGUCUACCCUCCGAAGCGACCGAGAGCGUUUGCAGCUAGGAGAUGGCCUCCCAAUUGUGGGCCAAGGAGGGGUGUGGAAGACGGCGGCGGCGGCAGGGAGCUCCAGGCGGCGGCAGAUGGCGAACCAUUGCUCGAGGAAGAAGAAGAGGAGCCGGAGGAGUGCGUUUGUUGUGGGUUCGAAGAUGGCGAGAAGGACGACGGCGACGGUGGCCGGAGCCGCACCGUCGACGGCGGCGAAGGUGUGCAGGUGAGAGUCCUCCAAUUUUAUUGGAAUUCCAUGACAUUGAGUUGGAAAUUUGAUGAAUAGUCAAGGGCAUCUAUGUCUUUUUGGAAUUGGGGAAAUUUGGUAAAUUUAAUAAGUUUGGGUGCCGUAAAGUAAUUGACCAGGCCUUGGGGUGGGUUGCAAUGAGUGAAUAUUUGGGUACCAGAUUGAAAUAGGCCAUUUGGACUAAAAUGUUUAAAUCAGG